CUCCUCGCCGCCCACUGCACCACUACUGAUCACGUAGAAGGUUGUAUAAAGGUGGCAAACAUUGCUUCAACGGUUCGUAACCAUCGGCUCCGUGCCUUUGUUUCGCCCAGAAGGGUGUUGCCCCACGUGCGGGCAGUCUUGUCAAGAAAAAGCUAUGGUGUCGGAGCAGGAGCUCCUUGCACCAGCACCUCUCGAUAUUGUACGAGCUCGACCGAUCACACCGAAGAAGAUAUGCCUCGACGAGUUCCAAAUAAAAUCAUGCCAGGAACCAUAUAUUUUGUAUCCACUCCGCUGGGCAACCUAGGAGACAUAACCUUGCGGGCACUCGACGUGCUGCGAGGUGUUGAUUUGAUUGCUUCUGAAGACACACGGACCACAGGGCUCUUGCUCAAAGCGCUUGGUUUGGGAAAGAAGCCUCAAGUAAGCCACCAUCAACAUAACAUACAAAGCCGCGUGCCCGACCUGAUCAGGCGGGCUCAAGAGGAGAGGCUUUCCAUCGCCGUGGUUUCUGACGCGGGGACUCCAGGGGUCUCCGACCCAGGAAGUGAGCUAGCGGCUGCCUGUUGGACUGCAGGCGUUCCUCUUGUCCCCGUCCCGGGGGCUUGUGCGGCUGUGGCGGCGAUAAGUGUUGCGGGCUUCCCCUCCACUGAGUUCACAUUCAUCGGCUUUCUCCCCUCGAGAAGCGGGAAAGUUCGUCAAGCAGAAGUGGCCAAAGCGGCAAGGGAGGAACGGCCUUGCAUCCUGUACGAAUCACCGAACCGCAUCCUCCGGACAUUGACGGAAUUGAGGGAGGCGGACGAG